UUCAGCAACUCUACACCUCUAGAAAUGAUGAUGAGACAGGCCAAUGUGGUGUUGAUUACCUUGUCAGCAAAGAAACGCUGAGGCUGAGUGGAGGAAGAGAACGAGGAGCACAGCAAAGGAGAAAAGUGAGGUUGGCAACUGGUUUUCCAUACAUGGAGACGAAGGGGAGGAGAAAGAAAGAGAGGGAGAGGAGCAAGAGCAGAGGGUAAUAUGAGGAGAUACAAUGAGAGAUAGAGGAUAGAAUGAGGAUAAAGGCUGAUAAGGUUGCACCGGACAACCUGUUGCACUAAAGACAGAAAGAGGAGAAAAGCGUGACCUCUCCGAGCCUCCGAAUCACUGAGCACAGAUGAUGUCAUCAGACCACCUGACCAGCGGUUGGCUGCAGCAGCUACUUCUUAUACUCAUGAAGCUUUCACUGACUUUUGCUGGACCUUUGAGACCAAUCAAUAGCACUGAAUGCACAGCCAAGCAUCCUGCUUCCUACAUUGUGGUCUUUACUGGUCACUGGAGCCCACAGGCCUUCCCCAAACAAUAUCCACUGUUCCGCCCCCCUGCACAGUGGUCCAAACUCAUAGCGGUCAGUCAUAAUUGCCAUUUUCGCCUCUGGCAAGAAGGUGCUGCAGCAAGUGUUGGGGUGCAGAACUUUGCUGAACUUGGAGUGACAGUGGAGCUCAUGAAGGAGGCCAAGGAGGCCCGAAAGAAACGCACAGUUGGUGCCAUGUACCGAACAGCUGGCAUCCCAAAUGGCAUUGGGCACAGCUCCACUGAGUUGCUCAUGCAGCCCCGGUAUUCACUGCUGUCCCUGAUGGUGAAGGUGAUUCCCAGCCCUGACUGGUUUGUUGGCGUGGACGGUCUAAACCUUUGCCACGGCGACCAUUGGAGGCAGGAAGUGUCCGUUGACCUUUACCCUUAUGAUGCCGGCACAGACAGUGGUUUCACUUUCUCCUCUCCAAAUUUUGUCACUGACCCAGCUGAAAACAUCACAAAGAUUACAUCUCAGAUGCCAAACCACCCAGCCAACUCCUUCUACUAUCCACGUCUAAAGGAGCUCCCACCAAUCGCCAGCAUAAAGAUCACGCAACAGAGUAGAUCAUCUGAUCAUCAAAUCCACAUGUCCAAUCAUAUUCUGCCAAAUUCUAUCAGUCCACGGCGCUUUUCAGUGACACCACUGGAUUGUGAAGUGUCUCUGUGGUCAUCCUGGGGUUUGUGCCUUGGCCCCUGUUCCAGAGGUGGCAUUCGCCAUCGUAGCCGCUUCAUCCUCUUGCGGCCAGCCAAUACUGGUGCCCCCUGUCCGGAGCUGGAGGAACAAGAGGAAUGUAUACCACAAUACUGUCUGAAACUCAAGUAACCCACGAAAAUGUUCAAGCACAGCCAGUAUGCAACACUGGGAUAAUCGUUUUAUUUCUGCUGGUCUGAGAAAUUUGCUGCCCCUUAGUGAAAGGGAUUUUUGUUCCAGCUAACCUUUGCAAAUUUAAGACCCAUCUUGCACUAUGUGCGUAGCCAAUUUGAAUAGAUUAUUCCAAUGGCAGUAAAAGGAACCUGUGUGUUUCAUAGUGUUGGACACUUAUUUUGGUUAUUUUACUGUUAAGGUGUUAGAAUUAAAGUGGGUUUUUGAAAGCAUUUGCCGUAAUUGUAACAAAGGUGUACUGUUGAAGGCCUCUUUUGCAGUUAUAAUGGUGUUACUGUAUAUGCAGCUCCACAUGCAUUUAAGCUUGGUAGUGGCCAAACCAAAGUCACAAAUGUGCAUCUUCUUCAUAUGCAUGCCAACUUAUUCUUGCAUACACGCACACAUAUCUGCACACAAGAAAAUGUUCUUGCACAUUACAGCAUGUAUUUGCAGCGACCAAAGCCUUGGUUGAUGGUGGCAACCUGCACAUGCUGCAACUAUGCCGAAAUAACCUCAAUUUAUGAAUGUCACCUUUCAUAAGAAACAAUUAACAGCAGACUCGAGCAAUACA